AUGGUUACAGAGAAUAAGAGAGACAAUAGGCAGGGGGCACAAAAUCGGAGAGAAAGGCGGCGAAUAAAGUACAAGAAUAAGAGCCCGCUCGCGGCUGAUAUCUCGGCUCCCGCUAUUUAUCACGUUGCUACACCACCUACGGAAAUUGUGGUUGGCGGCGAGGACACUCUACCAUGCUCCGAAUCGCAAUCUGAUCGACAAACUGUCAUCACCGACUCGUUGCCAUAUCGAGAGCCAAGUGAUAUUCUCCCAACUCCAAUCUGUAUUUUUCAGUAUUUUCGUUAA